CUUAGGUCUUAGCCACAGUGUCUUAGGUUUUAUCGCCGCGAUGCCUGAACCCACCAAGUCCGCCCCGGCCCCGAAGAAGGGCUCGAAGAAGGCGGUGACCAAGGCGCAGAAGAAGGACGGCAAGAAGCGCAAGCGCAGCCGCAAGGAGAGCUACUCGGUGUACGUGUACAAGGUGCUGAAGCAGGUGCACCCCGACACCGGCAUCUCGUCCAAGGCCAUGGGCAUCAUGAACUCGUUCGUCAACGACAUCUUCGAGCGCAUCGCGGGCGAGGCGUCGCGCCUGGCGCAUUACAACAAGCGCUCGACCAUCACGUCCCGGGAGAUCCAGACGGCCGUGCGCCUGCUGCUGCCCGGGGAGCUGGCCAAGCACGCCGUGUCCGAGGGCACCAAGGCCGUCACCAAGUACACCAGCUCCAAGUAGACUCGCCACGAGAAAUAUGAAUGGAAAGAAGAAAUGAAUGCAAACACUAACUGAAAAUGUGGAUGAGCUCAUAGAAUUUAUCAAGGAUGAACGUCUGUUUUGCCUGAGAAUGAUUGAUUAGUGUGCCUACCCUGCUCCAAUCUAACCCAUCCUGGUUUAGUGUACAUGGAUUCCGAAAGCAUUAUCUCAGUGUCAGAGCCUAAAUAAAGGGCUUUAGUAUUUUCAUUUCACUUGUUUUAAUUACGAAAACAGAAUUUACUGCUGUUACAGGCCUACAGGGAAUCAUUAUUUAUAAUGGACUAUGUUUGCUGGAGAAGUCUAAAUGAGGAGGGUAAAAAGUCUGUAAAUGAGAUGUUAAGAUCAAUAAAAUCGUGGAGAAAUGGAA